AUGAGGGAGCUUUUCCAAAUCGCGCUUGAGACGUACGCAUUUUUGACGCUCCAUCACUUGACGGGCGACCAAGUUCACUCGCCACAGUGGCGGGAGGCGUCGUCUAUGAGUUGCGGCCAGGACCGGUUAAGGAGUGACAGCCAGGACCGGUUUAGGAGUGACAGCCAGGACGAGCCCAUAAGCCCCUUUAACGACCAGUUUCGGAAUGACAGCCAGGACCAGUACAGGAGUAACAUCCAGGACCACUUUACAAGUCGUACUUACGACGGGACUUGGAGUCACAGUUUAGAGCUGUCUAUGGGUAGAUAUCCCAACCUGUUUGGGAGUGACAGCCAGGGCCCGUUUACAGAUCCCAGUUACGAGCUCCUAUUAAGGAGCGACAGCCAAGACCAGUUUAUGAGUAACAGCCAGGACCAGUUUAGGAGUGACAGCCAGGACUCCCGAUUCUUAUGUGUAAAGAAGCUUACAGGGAUCCUGCGCGAGGUGUGUGGCACAAUUGACUAUGAGGACCGCGUCGCCUUGAGGUGGCCGGCCGUCGUCGCGGGCGUCGCGCUGGCGGAAGGGGGUGAAGACGACCGGGCCUUGGUGGUAGAAAUUUUGACGAGCAUGAAAAGCCAGUUACCCAACUGGGGAGCGCUGUGGUGCUUGGACAAGCUCAAGGUGUUUUGGGAGUCGGGGAAGACGGAGUGGGAAGAUUGCUUCGAUGAGCCCGUGUCAUAUCUCGCCCUCGAGGAGCGCUUGUUAUUACACUUUCACUUCACUCAAAAGUUUCAACUCUGCAAUACCAGCAGGCUUCCAUCAAACACGAUGAGAAUCUUUACGCCGGCCUUCAUGGCCGUUUGCGCGGCCGUCUCCGUCGUCUCCGUCCCAGACGCCACGUUUGCGCUCAACGCCGUGCCUAGCAACGGCACGCGCAUGAACCUCGUCACAGCCUACGCGCGGGUGUACCGAAAGUACAACGUGGCGCUGCCCGCAUCCCUCUCCGCCGCGCUUCGUCUUCAAGACCAACCGCAGCUCGCCGCGCGAGGAGGGCACGAGUCCGGCGCUUCGGCGGCGAGCCCGAGCACGUUCACGGACGGGCAGUACGUCAUCGCGGUGGACAUUGGGACACCGCCGCGGCGCUUCCACCUCAACCUGGACACGGCGUCGAGCGACGCGUGGGUGUACGGGAGCGCGAUCCCGGCGCCGCUGCUGCUGGGGCAGAAACAGUACGACCCGGCGCGGAGCCGGACGUCGCGGCUGCAGCUGCUGGAUCUGUGGGUGGCGGGCUACAUCAACUGGAGCUUCGUCGGCGGGUUCGUGUGCAAGGACACGCUGACUGUGGUGACGGAGCAGGGGACGGGAGAGGGGUUGACGGUGGAAGGACAGGGCGUGCAGGUGGCGGUGCUGGCGGCGAGGAGCAUCGUGGAGGACGCGGGCAUGGAUGGAAUUCUCGGGCUCGGGUUCGAUAAGCUCAACUUUGCGUUUCCGACGAAGCAGAAGACGUGGUUCAGCAACAUCAGGGACCGGCUGAACGAGCGACUGUUCACCGUCGACUUUCGACGCCGCGCAGUGGGCAAGUAUACCUUUGGGUAUAUCGACAAGGACGUUGGUCCCAUCACUUACACGUCGGUGAACUCGAGCGCAGGGUACUGGGCGUGGACAUCUCCGGGGUACGCCGUCGGACCCGGUCCCUGGAAAGCACGCGCGCUACAAGGCACGCUGGACACGGGGACGCCCAUCAUCAUAAUGCCCUCAGACGUGGUCGCCGACUACUACUCAGGGGUGGCGGGCGCGCGACACAGCAACGCAGAGCAGGGGUACGUCUUUCCCUGCAACGCGACACUGCCGGACUUUACGUUUGGCGUGGGCAACACCACACAGCACCCAUCUAUCACGGUGCCCGGGAAGUACCUCAACGCGGCAACGGCAGAUGUUGACGGCGCGCCGGGCACGUGCAUCGGGGCGCUGCAGGCUGGCGUUGGUGACCUGGUAGUGUUUGGAGCGCCGGCGCUACAGGCCGGGGUCGCCGUGUUUGACGCGGGGAGCCUCCGGAUAGGCUGGGCCAACAAGACGUUGAUAUGA